AUGUAUCGCUCAUAUCAAUUACCAAGGCUCCGUAGUACUCACCGAAUAUGGUCCUCUACACCUAGCAUCCGCAUCUUCUCUAAAAUCACCACUGCACAGGCCUGUCACAAACCGUCGAAUCAAGACAAAAUCUCAACCCCAUCAUCGAACACCUCCAUCUUGAAUCGCAAGUUCUGGUCUUGCAACUCAACAUGGAAACGAGCCCGAAUCAACACUCUCCGCUGUUUACUCGGUUGUACAAUCGGUGAUUUUUCUGCGAUGUGGACACUGCAGUCCUUUUAUCCCGAGCUCGGGAUGAAUACUAUCAUGCUUGUUUCCAUUCUCCUAAAACGUGGUGCGGACGCGUUAUCAUGGAGUAGAGCUGCGCGUACGGCUAUGGGGAUGAGUAUGGUGUCUAUGAUUGCGAUGGAGGUUGCUGAAAAUGCCGUGGACUAUCAUCUUACCGGUGGGAUUGUGGCUUUUGAGGAUCCGAGGUUCUGGGUUGCGGCGGUGGUUUCUGUUUGUGCGGGAUUUCUGGCUCCGUUGCCUUAUAAUUAUGUUAGGUUGAGGAAGUAUGGGAAGGCUUGUCAUUGA